GUACUGUGCUGUUGUGAACCCUGCUGAGGAGGAUAAUGCUGACAAGGCCACAUCUCCCUUGAAUGAGGCAGCUGAGGACACUGGUGAAGAUGGUGAUGUGCUGACGGUCGAUGUUGUCGAAGUGCCGGAUAACGAGGCACCGUCGUGGAGGGAAACCUUCUGUCGGAAGAUCGGCCUUAUUCGCAAACCUCGUCGAGACUACGAAGCGAAAUUGCUAGUUCGCUGCCCUCCUGGGUGUGCAGGAAAAGUCGUACCAGUGUCCCAGAGUUUGAUGGUGGAUGAACCCUCCUUGAUUCCAAGGAGUUGCGUAUACGAGACGCUUGAUCGUGAUGGUAGGACUAUCAUCAAACACAUCGACAUCGAAGCACCUGGUAUUUCCUUCGAUGAUGUUGAGGUUUCCGUCAUCAAACGAGAAUGGCUGUCGUGCUUGAUGACGAAGCCAAUACCUGAGGAUGCCGAGAGUCGAUUCAACUUCACUGAAAAUACUAUCGCCUAUGGUUCUGUGCAUCGGUGGUUCUGGCUUGGGAGCCCGACUAGCAAGGCACGCAACGGUGCAGCAGGUGAUGAUGCUGGCAUCAUGUACAGACCAGUGGUAAAGAAUUAUAAGGAAUAG